UAUAACUGCUGAAACAAACUGUACUAAUGUCUAUGUGCGUUAUUAUUGCCUUUGUAUAAUCUGAAAUGCCAAAUAUAUGUGGCUGCUAUCGCUACUGAACGUUGUCUUGGCGUUAAAACAUAAAUAAAUCUGUAUAUGAGCGGUUUAUUUAUAUACCACUUCGCCUUCUCCUCUUCAGUUGGCCAGCCCAUAAGCUAGCUACUUCGCAGCUAGCCUCAGCAGCUCGUAGCUAUGGCUGCUGUUAUCCUGGGUUUCCCAACUCUGCAGGGUCUGAGGAUAUUUACACAAAAAUUGUCAUGGCCCAAAAGAGGUGUGAGGCUUGUGUCAGGAGGGGUGGGGAGGAUAGAAAAGGUGUUGAUUGCCAAUCGUGGAGAGAUCGCAUGUCGUGUGAUGCGUACAGCCAAGAAGAUGGGUGUGCGUUCUGUGGCUGUGUACAGUGAUGCUGACAGAGGCUCCAUGCAUGUGGCCAUGGCGGAUGAAGCGUACCACAUCGGCCCGCCACCCUCCCAGCAGAGUUACCUCUCUAUGGAGAAAGUUUUGGAAGUGGCGAAAAAGUCUGGAUCACAUGCUGUCCACCCCGGUUAUGGCUUUCUGUCAGAAAACACAGAGUUUGCAGAGGCAUGUAAACAGGAAGGCAUCAUCUUUAUUGGACCUCCUUCCUCUGCCAUCAGAGACAUGGGCAUUAAAAGCACAUCCAAACACAUCAUGUCAGCUGCAGGGGUGCCAAUCAUUGGUGGUUACCAUGGAGAGGACCAAUCAAAUGAGAGACUGCAGGCAGAGGCUGCCCAGAUAGGAUACCCAGUGAUGAUCAAAGCAGUCCGUGGAGGAGGAGGCAAGGGGAUGCGUAUCGCACGUUCAGACUCAGACUUCUUGGAGCAGUUGGAGUCGGCCAGAAGAGAAGCAAGGAAAUCUUUUAACGAUGAUGUCAUGCUGGUUGAGAAGUUUGUAGAGGACCCGAGACAUGUGGAGGUUCAAGUGUUUGGGGACAUGCAUGGUAAUGCUGUUUAUCUAUUUGAGAGAGACUGCAGUGUUCAGAGGAGACAUCAGAAGAUCAUAGAAGAAGCACCAGGACCUGGUAUAAGCGCUGAAGUUCGGAGGAAACUUGGAGAGGCAGCAGUCAGAGCAGCAAAGGCUGUCAACUAUGUAGGAGCAGGUACAGUGGAGUUCAUAAUGGACGCCCAGCAUAACUUUUACUUCAUGGAGAUGAACACCCGGCUGCAGGUGGAACAUCCCGUCUCUGAGAUGAUCACAGGGACCGACCUGGUGGAGUGGCAGCUCAGGGUGGCAGCAGGGGAGCGCCUACCUCUCCUCCAGGAUGACAUCAUACUACAGGGACACUCAUUUGAGGCACGCAUCUACGCAGAGGACCCAAACAAUGACUUCCUGCCAGGGGCAGGGCCUCUGCUACAUCUGUCCACGCCUCCAGCAGACCAACAUACACGCAUUGAGACUGGAGUACGGGAAGGGGAUGAAGUGUCUGCACAUUAUGACCCUAUGAUCGCCAAGCUUGUAGUGUGGGGAGAAGACCGAUCUGCUGCCUUAAAGAAGCUGCGAUACUGCCUACGACAGUAUAAUAUCGUUGGACUGAACACUAACAUUGACUUUUUGCUGAGUCUGUCGGGUCACCCGGAGUUCGAGGCUGGAAACGUGACCACCAGCUUCAUCCCUCAGCACUACGCAGAUCUCUUCCCCACUCCUAGAGCUCCUUCUGGGGCAACGAUCUGCCAGGCGGCCCUUGGCCUGAUGCUGCAGGAGAGGAAACACACGCAGGAGUUCACGCAGACAUCCAUGGAUCCUUUCUCUCCGUUUGGCUCGAGCAGUGGCUGGAGGAGCAACAUUCAGUUUCACAGAAGCAUGACGCUGCAGGUGGGAGACAAAAAAGUGGAUGUGCUCAUCAUUUACAACAAAGAUGGAAGCUACACUAUGAAGAUCGGACAGGAGGCAUUCAGUGUGACUGGAGAGGUGGAGGUGGAAGGAGGAGCAUCAUUUCUGCACUGUUCAGUCAAUGGAAUAAAGUCUCGCCCCAAACUGGUCAUCCUGGACAACACAGUUCAUCUGUUCUCUAUGGAGGGAAGCUCUGAAGUGUCCGUUCCUGUGCCAAAGUAUCUGGCUGGUGUGAGCGGCUCUGGGGCUCAGGGAGGAGCUGUGGCCCCGAUGACUGGAACCAUAGAGAAGGUGCUCGUGAAGGCUGGGGACAAAGUUGCUGUAGGAGACCCGCUGAUGGUGAUGAUUGCUAUGAAGAUGGAGCACACGAUCCGAGCCCCCAAAUCUGGUGUGAUCAAGAAGGUUUUCUUCAGUGAGGGCUCUCAGGCCAACAGACACGCUGCUCUAGUGGAACUGGAGGAGGAGGCAGAGGAGGAGGGGAGCAGCCAGUAGACAGAGACAUAAAUAUACAAAAACAGGUAGGACAGAGCUCUAGCAAGUUCCUGUAACAUGUGGAGGAGACAUGAGCCGGUCUGUACAGGGGUUUGUGUCUUAAACUGCAGAGUUUGGACUGAAAACAUGUCAGUGUGGAGGUUAGUCUGCUUCAGUGCGGAAUAAAAUGACAAAACUGCAUCACCAUGAGGACCCAGAAUACUAUUAGAAAGGUCAAAGAGCUCCACUGACCUUAAACUUCACCGUUUGUCAGCAGUAAUGAUCUCUAAUGUACAGUUGCCUUUUACAGAUCAAACUAUUGCCUUUCUGUUGAUUGUAGACCUUUUGUUUGUUUUUCUCUUUAUGUGUUUGUUUGAAAGUAUCAAUGACAGUCUUUUUCAGAUUUCUCUUCCUUGUGUUGGUUUCUGUCGGUGUCUGUAAAAAUUCUGUAUGUAAAGCUAAAAAGUACACCUGGGGGAAUGAUAUUAAAUGGAUUGUUAUGCAGAAAACCAUACUAGAUACUGGUGGAAAAAAGCUUCAGUGGGCUGUUUGGAUACAAUAAAUGUAAAAGUUACUGAUGACUGAAGGGGGAAUCUUCAAAGGUACAGGAGCUCUACUAAACCGUGGACCUGUCAUCACUGUCCAGUGAAAACCAUGUAGCUUCAUUUGUGUCAGUUUAUCAUUUUCUGAUGUAUUUUUCUGGUUUACAUGUUCUUUAUUAAGUUAAAUUCUCAACCUUCUGUACUACUUGUAAAUAUAAGAGCUGCCAGUAUUUAAGAACGCAUUUUCACUACGCUUUAAAGACUGUUAUCCUCCAUAUUUUGACUUUUUGCAGCAACAUGGCUUCCAUUGGACAGUGAUCUUAUAAGAAAAGAGGAUGUAAAGAUUUAUUUGGUGUGGGAAAAUGUGAAACAUUGGGGUUUAUCGAUGUCCGAUUUUUCAAAUUUAAAAGUUCUCUUUCUGUGCGGAGUCUAAACUCAUCAUCAAAAAAGCAGACGUGCUGCAGAGGAUAUGUAAUAUAUUAUGAAUUAUUUUGUUGCACUGAGGAGAAUUACUGUUGGACCCAAGAGGCAGAAAAACACUCCAAACAGUUCAAUGAUUUCAAAUUGACGUGAGCAGACUUAGGCUCAGAUUUGAUGAUAAAUCUUUAUCAAAUGUUGGAAACCGACACACGGUUUCUCUGUGUAAGUCACAUAAAAGCGUUUUAGCUCCACCUGUUUCUGCUGAUCACUCUGUUUUUACUAACUGAUGUGCUCUGAGGCCUUGUAGACUAAAACUGAUCAUACCUGUGUUCAUUUUGUAGAUGUGUGACCGAUGAUUUUUAAAAAAAGAAAUUAAAUUGGACUGGUCGGAUACUGGAAUAAAAAUGUUUCAAAAGA